UUCGUCAGAUCCCAGAACUUCUUGGGCGGCAAACGCAACUGUUGUGUGUUCUGUGGAAAUGUGUUGCAUUGCUCUAUUAAUUCUGUUGGGGCUAUUUGCGCAGAUAGCUCUGUCGAAAAGUUUGAUGGAACCAAAUAGUGGCUGCACGGACUUCUGCAUCAAAACCAUAAAAUCAGUGUUGGAUCAGCAGCUCAUGAUACAACUGCAGAUGAAAAACAUUGAAAACAAGUUGAAAACCCAACAGGAAUGGGCUGAGACUCAAAUGAAUCAUCAAGAUAAACUGGAGACCAAACAAAAACUAGAGGCAGUCGAAUCGAGACUAAAAACAGCGGAAGAUUCCUCAUCGAUGCAAUUGAGAAGACUGGACAGUGUAGAGCAUAAGUUAAUUGAACACCAAAAGGCGGAUAAUUCUGGAGAAAAUGGUCUGUUGGAAAUGAUCGAAAGAGUGAAGCAAAACUUGUCUGAUCAGCAGGAAAAAAACGAUUCUGACAUGGGCAGGCUAAGCGAAGGACUGCGCGGACUAGAGAAACAGAUUACUGGGCAUCAGGAGAGGGAAAGCUUAGCCACGGAGAGAAUUGGAAGAUUAGAGGACAAACAGCGACAGCUAGUUUUGGGUGCACAGCAGGUGCUCGAGAGACUGGCACAAAUAGAAAAGCAAAUCGCAGUCGAACAUGCAAAGGGACAGCUCGAAAGAGUGCAGCGAGUGUUGGCACAUCAAGGGAAGAGUGGCUCCCAUCUAGACAAGUAUCGGGAGAGACUCUCCCUGAUAGAGCAACAGUUCUCGGGUAAAGAGAAUGAAACGCUUGUCACGAAGAGACUCGACAGCUUGGAGAAAAUGCAAGGCAAUAUCACUACAAAUAUUACUCUAUUCGCUGAGAGUCUUAGUGGCAUAAAGGCACAAUUGUCUGGCCAACAAUUAGCCGACAAACGGCAAAAGAUAGAGUCGGAGGUGAGCAAGGUAAAAAAUCAAUUAGCAGACCAUCAAACGAAGCUAGAAAAUGAUGAAAAGAGAUUGUUGGACUCACAGAAUAGGCUGGCCAAGCUGCAGGAUCAAUUGACGAAUCAACAGAAAAAGGUCACUAACCACGAGGCAGCCAUGAAGGAAUCAGAGUCCAAAGUAAAGAGAAUAUUCGCCACGGUACAGAAACAUGGCUCUGAGGGAAAUAAACUGACAGAGGUGGUGAAUGCACUUAAAAAUCAGUUGUCAGGGCAACAAACGAAGCUCGAAAAUGAUGACAGAAGACUGAUCGAGCUACAGGAGCAAUUAACGAGCCAACAGAAUAAGAUGUCCACCCAUGAGGCAGCCAUUAAGGAGUCAGAAUCCAGGUUAAGAACACUGUGGCAGAAACGUCUCGUAACAUUUCAAAAGCUGGGCUCAAAGUUUUAUUACUUUGAGAGAAACGAGAAACUAAACUGGACAGAUGCGCGGGAUAGAUGCCAAGAGCUGGGCAGCCACCUGGCCAGCCUGCAGGACCAGCAGGAGUUUGAUUUAGUGACAAAAGAUCUAUACGACGUCUACUACUACUGGAUUGAUGUUAAUGAUAUUGAAACAGAAGGCGUUUACAUGUCCAGCACCACUGGAAAGCAGGCAAAUUUCUUGAAAUGGAGACAAAUCCCAGACGACUGGAAGGGCAAUGAAGAUUGCGUUGAGCUGGCCUACGAGAGUAAAGCAAAUGCAAUGGGAAUGAACGAUGUACAUUGCUCCGAAAAACACAUGUACAUUUGCGAGAAGUAGUUCGAAGGCUUUGUGCCAAAUGUUUUCCCUGAAGUGCGUUGAAUUUAUCUCAAAAAUGUAAUCAUCCAAUUGUG